AUGGCGAUUAAGAACCUACUACCUCUCGCUUUCUUGGCUCUUGCCAACUAUUCAACGAUGAUAAUGGCGCAAGGCUCAGAUUGCGCUCCUGGCGGCACUUUCGAUCUAUCCAAAUGGAAACUGCAGCUUCCGAUUGGCUCGAAUGGAUCGCCAGACUCUGUCUCUGCUUCCGAUCUUCAGGGCUGCGACGGUUAUAAGUCCGAGUACUUCUUUACCAGCCUUGACGAUGGUUCCCUCGUUAUGAAGGUCCCGGGUUCUACGGCAACCUCUGCUUGUGUCACUACCCCCAACAGCGAACACUGCCGCACAGAGCUUCGUGAGGAUAGCCCUUCUAAGUGGAGUCCUUCUGACCCUACCAACCGGCUGUUUGGCGACUUGAUCGUGAAGCAAAUCAAGGACGACCGAGUUGUGGUGGGCCAGAUCCACAUCGAUGGCUCCAUCUCCACGAAGCCCGUUUGCGAGCUUUACUACAGCUCCAAAGGGGAUCUAACGAUGGGUGUCAACCGAUGCCGCACUUGCGGGCAGAAUACAUUCAAAAUCGGCCACAUCCCUGUAGGCCAGAGAUUCACCUACGAAAUCCGGUACGAGAGCAAUACUCUAUCUGUCAGCAUCAAUGGCCAGGAUUUCCAGAAACUCGACACUUUUGACCUUGGUAGCCCUGAUAGCUACUUCAAGGCCGGCAACUAUAACCAGGGCGAUUGUCCUACAGAGGUUCACUUCUUUGGUAUUCGCGUUUCUCACUAG